AGAUUUUGAGGAUAACGCAUUAUUUUUGCAACACAACAUGUUUCACUUCCUCCUCCUCGAAUGUGAAUGUAAUUCACGUCUAGAUAAUACAGUCUACAGGAAGACUGGAGGUUCGUGUGUGAGAUUUUGCGUCAUCACAUGACUGCAGCACAUCAUCUCUACUACACCCCCACACCCCUGCGCUCCGUAGGCUCAAUGUAAACACCGUGCGCCGUGCGCUUUGUCUUCGGGCUCGGAACGCGCCAUGCCAUGGAUGCUUUAUGGCAAUAUCAGUUCAGGAUUAUUUUACUCGGGGACUCGACGGUGGGCAAGUCUUCUCUGCUGAAGAGAUUCACGGAUGGCAUAUAUAGCGAUGUAGCGGACCCGACGGUCGGGGUGGAUUUCUACGCUCGAUCAAUAGACAUUGAACCGGGGGUGAAAAUCAAGCUACAGCUAUGGGACACAGCCGGACAGGAGAGAUUCAGGUCCAUAACCACGUCGUACUAUCGCAACUCGGUGGGCGGGCUCCUCGUCUUCGACCUGACCAAUAGGAAGACCUUCGAUCACGUGCGGGAAUGGCACAGAGAAGUCAGCGAGCACAUACUGCCUCAUCACAUGGUCUACAUCCUGAUCGGCCACAAGAGCGACCUAGGCCGCGACCGCAAAGUGUCGCGGGACGAGGCGGAGCAGUUGGCGGCCGAACUCGGCCUCCGGUACGUGGAAACUUCAGCCAAGUGCAACAGCAACGUGGAACGAGCUUUCGAGCUGCUCACACGGGACAUCUAUGAGCUGAUGAAGAUGGGGGAGAUCUCCACGCGUGACGGAUGGGACGGAGUCAAAAGUGGCCUCACCGCCAAGGUUCUUUAUCCGGCUGAGGAGGUGGCGGAGAGGGAAAAGAGCUGCAACUGCUGACUCCCACCGUGCACCUGUAAUCUCUCACCUGUGUAUCAGUCAGUCGUUCUUCACCUCACCUGUGUCGUGUAACGGUCACUUUCUGGUCUCUGCUCACCGUCGUGUUCACCCUGUUGUUGCUUUCCGAAAAUGAAGGUGUAGUUUGAUGUGAUGAGUAAAUAAGCAUCAGUAUAUCUGGGCUGGAAUGAACAGGCCCUGCUUAACUUUACCGGAGACCGUGCCAUGUUCUGAAGGCACUCGUGGUGAAAAAACCUUGCAGCAAUCUAGUGAACAAUAAUUUGUGGUUUUAUACAUCUGAGAUGUCAACAGUCUGUUUCGAGCUCUUGUUUCUCUCCCCUUGGUUAUUUAUGUUAUGAUUCACAUUUAAAGAAUCUGGUGAUAACAAUCUUAUUGUCCACUCUAUAGCUUUUGAAACAAUUUAUUUUCUGUGUGGAUGGGUUUCCUAUUGAAAUAAGAAGUUGGGGGAUAGAAGGUCUUGUCUUUUGCUCUAAAAUAGUCAAUAGCCUUUAGUUUAUGACAUGAUAGGAGGUAAGAAAUUCCAUUGGACAAUUUAUUGUGCAAUUGGGGAAAAAUGUUAUAUACCCUUGCAAACAAGGCGAAUCAUCAAUAUUUGGUUUACAUUGACAGAAUUUUACAUUAUAAAUGUCUCUUUAAGGAUUUUAGUAUAUAUAGAUAGCAUAGACUUUAAUUUAAGCCAAGCAGCAAUUCAGAUAUAAUGGGGUUGUUUUAAAGGGCAACAUGGUUUUGAGAGGAAAGGCUUCUGUAAUGGAGCUCUAUAUUCGCACACAAUAUAUCUAAAAUCAUACAAUUCUGCUGUAUUACUCUUAUAGUCAUUUUAUUAUUUUUACAUUGGUAAUUCAUCAGUAUUUAUUUUAAAAAGGAUCUCUGCUCCAAAGCCUAGUGAUCUGCCCACCUAGGUCGAAUUUGAUGGCAUCAUAGACACCCUAUAGAUAUAAUUGAACUGAGUAUAAAUAUACUUAUUAUUCUUUCAAUGCUUUAAAAAGUAUUGGUGAACAGUUCAGUCUGAUUAAAAAUGGACUCCUUUA